UAACUAUCCUUCCGGUGAGUUGUGCUUCGUAAUCUCAAGAUCCACAAUGAUCAUGACUUAUCCUCAAACAAACCAAUGGAACACAGAUGACCGAGAGCGCGGAAGAGCAUUACCCGGGCCAGCAAAUUCCGCGUCCCCCGGACCCGAGGCCCAAGAUCCUCAAGAUCCAAGACUUAGAUAAACUUCGUAGCAGCCUCUCAUAUUCUAGUAUCAAUUCAGUAAGUUCUUUCCUUUCACAACAUGGCCUUCCUACAUUUAGUCCUCUUCCGAUUCAAACCCGAGAUCCCUCGAGGCCGUCGGCAAGCCAUUCUCCACGAGUUCAAGGGUCUUCCUCAAAAGUGCAAGGAUCAGUCGGGAAGAUUGUAUAUCCGGAGUAUACGAGGCGGGGUGGAAUGUACCCCAGGAGUGUCUUCAGAUACCAGCCACGUCUUCAUCGUCGAGUUUGGCUCUCUGCAGGACCGCGAAUUCUAUAAGAAUGUGGAUACUAUUCAUGCUGAGUUUGCUUCGCGAAUCAUUCCGCUCGUGAGCUUGACGACUAUGGCCGUGUUUGAGGAAAGCGACUUCGCUGAUUUAUAGAACAUUUUGAAAAUCUGCAAGGAAAUGGAUUGGAACCAUUGAAAAUGAUAUAUGAGUCGUGAAAAAUAAGAUAUUCGAGGGGGC